AUGUUAUGGAGCUCGCGCAGAGCAGCAGCAGCAGCAGCAGUGACCGCAGCAGCAGCAGCAGCUGCUGCUGCUGCUGCUGCUUUGCUUCAGGACACCUGCCUCACUCAGAACUGCGACUCAAGCGAUAAUAAACAACAAAACCCCAAGCUGCCUCUGGCAGCAGCAUCUGCUGCUGCAGCUCCUGCCGAGGUGCAGCAGGGUCAUCCGCAGAAGCAGCCACAGGGACAGCAGCAGCAGCAGCAGCAGCGAGAGGACAACCAGCAGCAGCAGCAGCAGCAGCACGGGGUCUACGCUUCACCUGCUGUUGAAGCCUCUCCCUCGACGCCCAUAGAUCAGACUCUAACUGAACGGUGUCUCCUUUUCUUCGUCUGUCUCCUUUCUUUGUGUCUCUUCUCUGUCUCUUCUUUCUAA